AUCAGUAAAUGUCCUGUCGUCGCUCCAGCCCGUCGCAUGUGUUAUACGUCAUCAGUAAAGACCUUCCCGUCCCUCGUGUCAUAAUAACAUGGUGGCCUCAGUCAGCUGGUAUUGACCCUGUCUGACUCUCUGCUGAAUUAAAGACUGAGUCUUGGACUUCUCCUCCGGAUCGAUGCCUCGCUACGAGCUCGCCCUGAUCCUGAAGGCCAUGCAGAGGCCGGAGACCGCCUCGGCUCUCCGGAGGACUGUGGAGACCCUGAUGGACCGUGGGGCCGUAGUCAGGAACCUGGAGAACCUGGGGGAGAAACUGCUGCCCUACAAGAUCACCAAACACAACCAGAAACACACGAGAGGGUCUUACUUCUUGGUGGAUUUCUACUCAGCCCCCAGCAUCCUCACGAGUUUAAUGGAUCACCUGCACCGGGACGUGGACGUGGUGAAGCCCACCGUGCUGAAGAAGGACGGGGAGGGUCCAAGCAAGAGCUGCUGUGGCCCCCAGCAGUGAUUCAAUGUUUCACAACUCAUAUCCUGGAGACCAACAGAGUGACGCUUCCCUCUUUGACCUGUACCAUAGUUGCUGAUCUGCGUUUGGAUGUCUUAUUGUAAUAAAUCACUGUUUUCUAUCCUG